ACGUAAUAUCUCCCCCUCGCUUCUUUUCUUGUGUGUGUGUGUGUGUUUGGAAGAAAUGCAUGUGAUGCUUUUAAGGGACUGAUUUUUCUGAGGGGGAAUGUGAUAGGUGGCAUUUGUUGCUAUUUCACAGAAAAUUUUGAGUCUUUGACUGUGGACUUGUGUCUCUGGGGUGACAUCUGGUGAUCAAAGCUUUGAUUUUUAACACUUGGAGACCCUAAAGAUUGCAGUUUUAUGGGAUUCUCUCUCUUCUUUGUAUUUCAAAAUUCAGUCUUGCUAGACGGAAGAAACAAAUCAACAUUUAUUUUUCUGGGGUGCCUUCUUCAGCCUUGUAAGGGUUUAGCUUCAUCACGGAUGUUGAGAUACAGUAGAGAGCGUUGUUGAACAGUGGUAUUCAAAUUGAGCUAAUUGUCCAAGAAUUGAUGGAUGAGAUUUCUCACUUCAUUGCCCUUCCACUUAAUCGGAUAGGCGAAGAAUCGUUGUAUGCAACGUGCGUUGACAUUGCUGGGAUUAACCUGAUAGAAAAAACUUCGAAAAAUCUGUUUCUUGAACCAUCCAUGACCAAGCUGCCUUCCAUCUCUCUGACCUCCGAGAAUAGGCAUUCUCGAUGUUUUGUUCCUCACAAUGGAGUUCUGGUUAGGGUAGACUCGAACUUAGAUAAGUCCAAGGAUGAUAUAGAUCAGGAUUGUAGGAGUAGGCAGAGCAUGAUUUUUAGCAGCACCAUUAACCAUGGACUCAAGAACGAUAAUGAUCCAAUGGGCCAUCCGUUUCUCAAUUCUCAACGUGUGACUGAUUGCCCUAAUGGCAUUUGCAAUGAGGAUAUCAUAGAUAGGAAGAUCAAUAUGUCUCAGAGCAUCAAGAGAUCGGAGUCAUGGGUAGCAACUGUAGCGUCUGAGAUAGUUGAUGAUCUAAUUUCUUUGGAGGAGAUCGGUGAGGCUGUCGGGAUUAGAGAACCUAAAAGGACCUACUCAACUUCACUCAUUGAGGUUACUGAGGAAAUGAAGAUAAAUAAGCCAAAUGUUGCUUUCAAUUUACCACCUCUUUGGGGCCUAACAUCUAUUUGUGGGAGAAGGGCAGAAAUGGAAGAUGCAGCCGUAGCAUUACCGCGAUUUCUAAACAUUCCUUCUCAGAUGUUAAGCGACGCCCCACUUUUUAGCUCCAUACAUAAAGACCUAGUUGGCCAUGUAUAUGGAGUCUAUGAUGGCCAUGGAGGUUGCCAGGUAGCUAACUACUGCAGAGAGCAUAUGCCUCUAGCGUUAGCCGAUGAGAUUGGUGCGGCUAAGGAAAAUUUGAAGGUUGAAAAUGGUGAGCACAACUUGAAGGAGAAAUGGCUCAAGAUCUUUCAGAAUUGCUUUCAUAAAUUGGACAACGAAGUCGGAGGGUUCCCCAGAACUGAUGAUGACAUUGCUUCCAACCUUCAUGAACCUUUCGCCCCAGAAUCCGUUGGGUCCACUGCUGCUGUUGCUAUUGUUUGUUCCACGCAUAUCAUUGUUGCAAACUGUGGUGAUUCGAGGGCAGUGUUGAACCGGGGGAAGGUGCCCAUGCCAUUAUCCAUCGAUCAUAAGCCAAAUAGAGAAGACGAGUACUCAAGGAUAGAAGCUGCCGGAGGCAAGGUCAUCAAUUGGGAUGGAUAUCGCGUUUCAGGUGUCCUUGCAGUGUCAAGAUCCAUUGGUGAUCGAUACCUGAGGCCGUAUGUGAUUGCAGAUCCAGAAGUAAUGUUUGUUCCUCGCACAAAAGAGGACGAGUGCCUUAUCAUAGCUAGUGAUGGUUUAUGGGAUGUGAUGACGAAUGAGGAGGCGUGUGAUCUGGCCCGAAAGAGGAUACUGGUCUGGCACAAGAGGAACGGAACGACGCUCACCAACGGGCGAGGUACAGGGAGCGACCCCGCUGCACAAGAGGCAGCAGAGUACCUCUCGAAGCUUGCUUUCAAAAGGGGAAGUGCAGACAACAUCUCUGUGAUAGUGGUGGAUUUGAAAGCUCAAAGGAAGUUCAAAAGGAAAACGUGACGCAUGGAACUCAUUGUCCUGCCUAGUGAGCCACUGAAAUUUUCGCGUCGCUGGAAGUUUGCGUGUUGAGCAGUCGACAAAUUCCUGCAAGGUAGCAGUAGCUCUCUAGAAAAGCAUUUUAAGAUGAUAGUAUAAUUUAACCAAGGAAGGAUGUUGUUGUACAUAUAAACCAUUUCUGUUAAAGCAAUUGUGACUUUUUUCCCAUUCUA